AUGUCAGAUGAUGCCACAUGGGAGAAGUCCAAUAAUUAUGAUGAACUAUCGAAGCUCAGCAAAAUCUCCGAUAAGCGUGGAGUCGACAAUGACAGCAAAAGUACCCCGUCUACAGCAAGUGUCAGAGCCGAGCGUCACAGACGGAAGAAGCAGAAUGCGAAGAAGGCCAAGGCAGAAGUACGAGUGAAGGAAGAAGAGGAGAGACUUUUGCUCGACAAGUUGUACGCCUGCUCUAUCAAGGAAAAGUAA